CUUAGCUUGGAAGAGCUCAACGAUGCGGCUCUCAACCAUUUCAUAUACCAGCCGGUCUCCCAGCAGAUGAUUGCUUACCUUGCUGGCGCCGCGCUCAAUGUCAUCGCCUGUGACUCGCCAAAUCUGCCCAGGGGUCGCAAGGCCCGCGUCGUCCAACCCGAAGUUGAUGAUCUUCCCACCCUCGAGAACUUCAUCACCCAACUUGUCACCUCCUCCAACGUCCAGGUCCCCACCCUCAUGUCCACACUCGUCUACCUCACUCGCCUGAGAUCGAAGCUACAGCCGGCCGCUCGCGGCAUACCAUGUACCACGCACCGCAUCUUCCUUGCUUCUCUCAUCCUUGCUGCCAAAUAUUUAAACGAUAGCUCGCCUAAGAACAAGCACUGGGCCGCCUACAGCCACGUCUAUCACGAUUUUCGCAGCUUCGGAUUUAGCGGCUCUGAGGUUAAUGACAUGGAGCGGCAAUUACUUGGACUUCUCGACUGGGACUUGCGUAUCACCGAGAGGGAUCUUUACACCGAGUUCGAUCCCUUCCUGGCUCCCAUCCGGGAUAGACUCGACGCCAAGCACGAGCGUGUGUUGCGGCGCAGGCAGAGGGAAGAAGAGGAGCGCCGCCAGAUGCUCAAGUCGUCUAUGUUCAUGCGCUCUGGCUCUGCGACACCGCACUCGAGAGAGACAUCUCGAUCCCGGCAGAGGACGCCCGAACACAUCCGC